GCUGCGCAUAUGAAAUUUGGCGCGUCGAUCAUCAAGAUGGCGGCGAUGUGUGAACGAUGAGACAACUUUCCUCUCAUUUACUGGACCGUUGUGAAAAAUGAAAAGAAAGCUGCCGUCUUCGGCAAAAGGAAAGGGGUAAGAUUUAUCUUUGAUUUAUUGGAUCUAUGAACCUUUCAUAAGUAUGCUCUAGGCUAAGUAUUGUAAGCUCAAGUUCUAUGGCAUACUUUGAAUAUAAUUAAGACAAUUAACGUAACAUUAAAACUUAACAUCUCCACACACUGUAUCCGACUUAAACGUAGAUGUAAAACUCCUGUAGAUUAUAAAGGCCUCACAAGUAGCGUUUUCAGACUUCUAUAUUUGUAUUCUUCACUCUUGUUAGCCAAAAUUAGACCUGUUGAUAGAACUUGUUGUCAACGUUAACUCUUGAGUGACAUAUUUUAUCCCAUAGAAAUCAAGACAUUACAAAAUUUUUCAAGGGUUUGACAUCUAAGGGUAGGUUGAUAUUUAGAAACACUUAAUUAGUCAUAAGUAAGUGUGGCAAUAUUAUUAUACAAGUAUUUGUUAGAAAACAAUUUAGAGAAAUGUGAAACUGAAGUUGUCUGCAGUGAUAAUAGUUUUCACUUUUGACCCUUUAGAAACCUUGACUUUUACCUACAUUGCUAUUUAGUUCAGUCUUUGAUCACUAAAAUUUCAGGUUAGUUAGAGAAAUCCAAUGGUUCAAAACCUGUGGAUGGUGCUAGUUUGAAAACAACUUUUUAAUCUAGUUAUAAACAUAAAAUCAUAGUGUGUGGUCCCCAAACCACAUUUGCUGUUGUUCUCACCAAAAAGAAGCUUUUAUCAGGAUGUAGCUCGUAAUUGUUUCAGAUAGAUAGAUAGCCCAAGGCUAGAACUAUUGGAGCAAGACUUUCUCAUAUUACAGCCAACUGAACAGGCUGCUAAGCAAGAUUCAUAAUGGCAGUGUCUGUAGUCAAUUUAACAGCACAUUAACUGACACUUUUUUAAAGGUUUGGUCAAUCUCAAAAUGAAGUACUUGUCAUAAUAGGCCACUUCCAAAUUACAUUGUACACUGUAACUUUGGUCUCAUUUUCAAAGCGAGUCCUGGUGCUCAUCUUUUCAUAUAAUUAUAAGUUUUCAUUCAUAAGCAAAUUAAUUGAAAAAGAGGUAAAAGGUAAUUUGGAAAUAGCCUAUUUUAAAUGUACUCUAUUUGAAAAAAGGUUUUUAAGUUGCCUUGCAUCAGUAAUAGAUUACAGAUGAUGCCAAAAAAGAAUGUGGCACAUGAGGCACAGCUGAUUUUGUCCUUGAUGUUCUUAUCUCAUUUUGGCACGAUAAGAGACCCACUGCAGCAUGAAAUCUAUUUGUUGCAUAACAAAUUGAGACAAAAAAUGCUAAUGGUGAUUUCGUCUAUGUGUCAGUCCUCCAAUAGAUCAUAGCUAAGAACCAAUCAAAAUGUAUCUAUAAUUCAGUUUAUCAUACAAAGUAGAAUGAACAGCACAUUAAUUAACAGACAUUUCUGAAAGGUCAGAUCAAUCUCAAAACACAGUGCUUGACAUAAUUUUAUAUGUACUCAUUUAUGAAGGAGGUACAAAGUGCACAGUUUCUGGAACGUACUUCUCCAGUAAUAUCUACUCUCUCUCGCAGUUGGUAUUAAAAUUUUUUUUUUUUUCGUCGUCAGGCCCAAGGAAAAGUUGCAACCCUAUGAGUAAGGACAAGUUACCAGACAACAAAGAGCUCAAGGAACCACAUUUCAAGGGAUUGCCAAAUGACAAAAACAGUUUUGGUUCUAAAGACAAAAGCAUGAUUCCAAAUGCAGACAGUAAGGAAAAUGAUAAGGGUAGCAGUUGCAAUUCACUAGUUAAACCUGCUGUCAGUUCACCAUUAGGUAUUGAUGGACAUAACUGUUCAGUCCAUGGAAGCAAACAUGAAGGAAAAACACAGGCUUCAGCUUUAUUUACUGACUCUACUUCAGCUACGGGAAUAACUGUGUCUGAUAGUGUUGGUGAUGAGACUUUUUAUUCAACCUGUGAUGAUACUGAAUCUUUGGACGAUUCAUGUGGUAGAAGUGUGACGGAUUCCACAAACUACAACUCUACAGACGGUAGUGAUGUUGAUAAUGGAAAAGAAGAAAAACUUGAUACUGAUGUGAAUGAAAGCUCGUUUUUUGAGAAAGAUUUGCACAAUCAAAUCCACAAAGAGUCAACUGUUGGAGAUUUGGAGAACAAAGAAAAGAGUUGUAAAGUUUUCAAGGAAAAAAAACAAGGUAAUGAUGAGUUGAAUGAAAAAGAAAUUGUGAGCAAAUCACCUGAUGGAUCAUUAAAAUCAAAGAAAAAGGGUGUGAAAAAAUGCAGAGACAAUAGCCCUGAUAAUUUUCCAGAGAGAUUGCAAGGGUGUAUUGGUAAUGAUGUUGACAGGAACUAUACAAAAACUUCUGAUGCACAUGUUGAGGAGACUAUAGUUGAUUGUGGUUCUCCUGUUGAUUCUGGUUUGGUUCCUUUCAAGGGAACAGACCAAAAUAGCAGCUCUGAUGAACUUAAAGAGGAGGAAUUUGAUAAAGGCAUGGACCAAAUCAUUAGUGGCAAGAAGCUUUUUGAAGAGGAUGAAGGGACUUUACCUGAAGGCUCAGAUUCCUCUGAUGAGGAUCUUUUAACACCGCCAAGAUUUCUCUAUGAAAAGACAAAGUUGAAACCAGAUAUUUGCACUCCAGAAAAAGGGGUUGCUCCAGUUUAUUCUACUCCCUCCCCAAUUUCUAGAGGAGAGGGAGAGGAGAAGACCAUCAAGUACAAACUCUCCUUUGAAAAGUUGAUUGCUGACAAAGUUAAGCAUAGAGAAAAGAAUGCUGAGCUUGCUAAGAUGGAGGAAGAGCUACAACAAGGGAUUGAUAAUGGAGGUAUUGGUCAACUGCCAGUUCCAAGUACUUUCAGUGAUAUAGAAUCAGAGGAAGACCUAACUGAUGGUAAGUUUACUUUUGGUUGAUCACUGGGAGAGAGACACUGAUGUGUACCCUGCUAAAUUCAUCAUGAAAUAGGGAAUACAAUGUAUUUAAUUUAGCCAAAUUCUCUUGUCAUUGCCUUACCACAGUUUUGAUCUUGGUUGAGAACAUUUCUGAAAAGAUUUUAACAAGACAACAAGUAAAGUGUUGUUUGGGUAACUAUUAAUAGUGCCUUACUUAUCUCCCAUUGUCUCAACAAGUUAGAUUUUGUUCACUUACCCUGGAUACUUUUCCAAUUGAGAGUUUUAAACUAGUUUUUUUUUCUGGUCAUCAUUAGACAGGAUACAACUUUUCCCUUUGUAAAUUGGAUACAAUAGAUCAUUUUUGGCUGAGGGAAGUCCUGUUAAGGAUCAUUGUUGAUAGAAGAUUUCUUUGACAAUUUGAGAAGAGACAAGUGAUUCUGGCUACUCUCAUGACCAACUUGACUCUACUCAAGAGGUCAGAGGUCAGUUGCUGUCACCAACAGGCUAUUUUAAGACUGCAUGUACCUUCAACUGGACAAUCACACUAUAUAAUCUACAUGUACUAUUGUCAAAACAAACAGGUUUUUUUUCACAUUUACAUGUAUACUGUAACCUCUCAUAUGAUGGAUUUAUUGUAUUUCUUUCCAGUACAGUCCACCUAAGGGUUUGAAUAGUACUUACAUUCAUGCUUUUACCUUUGAAUGCAGAUGGACGUGACCUGAGAGACUGCUCCUUACCUCAGGACUUCAAAAAGUUUCUUGUGGAGGUGCAUGAUUUUUCUGAAGAACUGCCUGGAGAGGAUAUUUUCCCAGUGUUUCAUCCUAAUGUUACAGUAAGUUCCUCAAGUGUCUAUUGGUCCUCACAGGGUUAGGUUGGAUUCGCUGACUGGCCUUCUCUUAGAUAAUGUGUUACUUAUUUGAAAAGUGUUGAGAGAGCGUUACUCUUGAUUGCUAUGUUUUUUUUUUUCAGUCUCAAGAUUUUCCCCGUCUAUCAAUGGUUCCUCAUCCGCAUGGCAACUCUUUUGAGGCAAAGUUGGUUUUAGCCUCAGACAUUGAGCUACAGGAGUUGUUGUGUGGAGGGUGGGUACUGCAGCAUUACCUGGAUAAACCUUGCCCAUCUGAGGUGGCAGAAUGGCUAUUUCAAAUCAUGUGUCGUCACAGAGAUCAGCAUGUCAUUAUCACAUCUUUUCAAGUCCUUUGGAUCAUGCUUGAAGCAGCCACAGAGGUAGAUGUACAUCUAGCAUAGUGCUUUGAAGGGCUGUCAUAAUGAAAAAUGUUCUCAUUCUCAUCCAAUAUGGAAGUUUUUGUGGACUAAAUGCACUAUGCAGAGCUAGCAUUGUAGGCUGAAUGGCACUAACCUCCAAAGCACAAAAAUCUUGUGUUGCAUACAGCAUUACUUGGGUUCAUACUUUUGUGGAAUUUAACUUAUUAGAAAAUGACCUCACUUUCUCAUUUGAUCUUGCUCUCCCAAAGCAACUAAAGCAGAACAUGAUCUGGUAAUGGUAGACAGUUAAAAUAAAACAUAGUUGGAAAAAGUGAUCUUGUUCUUAGAGGAGGCUUAAUCACUACUUUUGGCACUUUUGGCAAAAGUUAGCAUCGAAAUUGAGAACUUAAGUUGAAGAUUGAAUUUUUAUUGUAAGAGUGCCUACAUCAGAUUUAAGCUGGUAGUGGUGUAUAUAUUAUGGCAGAUGUCAUUGUAAAACACCCCAAAAAAACAGCUUGGGUAUGUUCUGGAUGGUAUGAUGUCUCAGACACUAGCAUGAGCAAAAUUUCAAUUAGUUUGGGGAAUUGACUUGUAGGCUUUUGGUUGGUGUUUAAUGUAACUGUAAUCUGUUUUUUUCUAUUCAGAGUUGUUUAUAGUAACAGUGCUUUGUUGUAAUCUUGUCACAUGGAGCAAACAGUAUAUAUUCUUUAUUGCAGGAUAGAGAUGACAUCCCACCAAACUCCAGAGGUACCCUGUGGGUUCCUGGUAUCAAGACAGUCUUGAAGGAGCUUUUUUCCUAUGGUGCUAGGAUUCCAAGACUUUAUCCUGGAGUUCUUGUUAAUCAAUUAAGUAUAAGAGAAGUUUUGUUGAGUGAGAACUCCACGGAUGCAAUCCAUAUGGAAGAAGAAACAGUUGGAGGUGUGAUGCAGACUGAAAGUUUUCCUCUCAUCAAUGUGAUGCACCUUGUUCAGCUGCUUACUCACAGUCUUCAAAAGUGUCCUCAGUCAUACACUGUUCAGGAUUUAAGAAACCUCAUGGUGCUGAUGUGUCGGUUGGCACUAGAUACAAGGCUUCACACUAUAGUGUUUGAUAUUGAGAUGUGUAUUGCAGCAGUGCUAAGUUGUUUUGGAGAGAUGCAGUGGCCUGAUGAGGUACUGUUUCUAAUGUCUCUGUUAGGCUAUCAGUGAUUUAAAGGUGUUAGGCAUGUGAGGUGUCUAGCCAAGCUCUGUUAGGGAGGCUUGCUGACUUCAAAUAAGCUGAGCUAAAACCUACAAUCAGGACAAGAUCUAAGUAAAAAAUGCCUAGUGCUUAGAUAAAGACCUAAUUUAAAAAACAAAUCUUCUCUCUUUUCUCAAUCAUUGUCUUUGCCCUUUUUGCCCAGAGACACAUAUGAAAAAGUACUCUUUAGGAGUGAGAGGAAGACAAAAUGGUACCAUAAAUUAAUGUAGGGCCAAAAUAACUACAAGAUUUGAAAAUGACUGAAAGGUUUGUUUUAUUGUCUUAACACUUUUUCUGUGAUUGGAGGCUAACCAAAGAACUAUUUAGCUUUAGCUCAGUGUGGAGCGUGGAAUCCGAAGGUUUGAAGUUUGAUUCCUCAUGGGGAACAGAAGUUUUUCUUCGUCCCAUGCUCAUGAAAAGAUGAAAAAGAAAAUCUUUCUCUACUUCUUUAAAGAGCUCCAAACUUACCAUCUUUCUUAUUCUCUUUAGAAGGGAACUCUGUUAGCAGAGUAGGGUUGACUGGGUGUGUGACCUGUUUGUACAUUUCAGAUUAAAGAGUUGUGUGGUAUUUUGACAAAACUGAGCACAGACCAUCGGAAUCUGUUGUAUCUUGUCGAAAUUCAGCCUCCAUCCACUUAUGGGAUUCAGCUUCAGCGCCGUCUUAGUUUGACACUGCUUCACUGGUUAGUGCCCAAGUUUCUAAAUCAGGAGGAAACUGGAGAAAACCUUGGUGGGGACAGAUGCAAUGUAAUUGUUCCAGAAAAUGUAAAGGUGAGAUGGUUUGAUGAAAAAUUACAAAGUUUUAACUCUUUAAACACCCAAGACCUUAUUGUUGAUUGUCCCAGCUAGCUGUUACACCUUUCCUUUUAAUUUAUUUACAGGAAUUGGGUGUUAGAUCAAGAUAACUUCUAAGUGAUAAAUUUGAGUAUUCUAAUUGCCUGUUUGCUGGAUUAGAUGUGGAUAUUUUAGGGAGAGGUUACAUAUUAAUCAUGUCUGGGAGUUAAAGGGUUAAAAUAGAUUGGCAGAGUAAUGAGAAUUAUUUUAGUGUAGCAACUUCCAAAAAAAGUAACCAAAAAACACUGUGAAAUGACUGUAUUAAGAAGGAUUUAUGUAAAUGUCAGAACAGGUUUAUGUUUAAGCUUUGUAGGUUUUUUUCUUAAUGCAACCAUUCCAUACUAUUCAUAGUCAGUGUGCAAUAGUUUGCUGUAAUUUUGCAACAUGCAGGAGAGGAGCUUUUUUGUUGAACAAAAAAUGGGCUUGAUAUUCUGUAGAAAGAAAAAUAAAAUAUGGUCCCUUUGCAAUGUCCACAUUCAUUUACAGUUAAGUCAAAAACCCAAAAACUUGUACUUGCAGAUCAGGCCAUACAUGAAAGGGGAAUCAAGGUCUUGAAAUUUUGGAUUUCACCCCUACUGGAAAAUGAUACACAUUUUUCCGAAAUGCUGUCUGUCAUGUUGCCAAGCAUUUUUUUCUCUGACAAUUUUUUUUUUACAGGUAGCUAGUUUGGUUAAUCUUGUGGCACAGAUUAAACCUACAGAUGAGUCAGAUUAUUUCCUGCUGCACACCAUAAUUUCUUUGAUCAGCUUUGCUGUUGGAAGUGAGGACCUGCCCUCUAAAGAAAGGGUAAAUCACGAUUCAUUUGUUCUACAGAUUAAAGACGAGGAAGCAUGAUAAUAUGAUGAUGUAAUUGUGGUCUAUAACACUGAAGCUAUCGUAGCCUUUUGAAGUACCUCUCCAGUGAAUUGAAGCAGAUGAAAAUGAUAUGGAGUUUAGUUACCAUGGCAAGUUUCAAAGUGGUUAACAUAUGACGAAAGGGAGUUUAAUAGUUUUACUUUUUCAAAAUAUUGUACACAAUUAUAUCUAGGAUUCAGAGGUGUGGGUUCUGGGAGUUAAAGGGUUAAAGCUACCUUAAAAUCAGUGUUCUCCUUUCCAGGCGGUAACCGUUAACAUUUACUGCCUGUAGUACCUCUUAUUACUGUUUAAAAUUGCUUGGAAUUCUUGAAAAUUCAACACGUAAAAGGAUUGCUUUACUGGUUUGAAAAUUUAUUUUACCUGUUAUGCUUAAAAUAAGGGAGAACACUGAAAAUGAUUCCUUGUUAUUGCACUGUGCAUCCUGUACUGCAUGUUAUUGCACUGUGCAUUUAGAGAACAUGAGGAAUUGUUUUUUCUUUUCUCCUCUUGAAUCAAUGGACAAAGUAAACAGGUGCAUUGAUCUUUUCCUCUUGAACAAACUUGUUAACCAACCUAUAUUUUUUAUUGUAGUUCAUGAAAGUUCAGGAUAUUUAAAAUUAAAAGUUUUCACUCACUGAAGUUCUGUAUGAAUCUUGCCAAGUUACAUAUCAGACUAUUUGGUAGACUUCCUUUACAAAUUCACAUUUUCACCAGUUGGUACUGUGGUACCAUAUUAAGUACCUAUAAUGUAAAUGUGAGAGAUUUGAGACAUGAUUUUGUUUGUACUUAUCAGUGGCAAUAAUAAGUACCUUGUUGUGUUCUAUAUUAAGCCAUUUCUAGAAAAGUUGACCAACAAGCUGAGAACAGUGAAUGGGGAUAUCAAAGAUCCAAGGGCUGCAUUUAUGAAUAGAACCAAGGUACAGUGUAUAAUUGAUGUUUUUAGUUAAUUUUAGGGCUAGGCUCUUUGCCCUUACAUCGCCUCUCUCCAGCCAGGAACCCUUUUAAUUUACCUCCUGAAUCAAUGAGUAAGGUCCCAAGAAUAGAGGAAAUGAUGACCAAUUAGAGCAGCUCUUGAUUGUUAAACAAAUUCUCCUUGUCAGCAUCUUAAAAAAGGUCUAGAAAACAGUAUGGAGAAUAUGCAAACUGAUGUUAGGGUGUAGAGGGAGGUCUGAAAAAAAUAGUGAGGGGUAAGCCAUGAUGGAUGAGCACCCAACCCAGGUAGAUAAAAAUACCCCCAGGCGCUUCAUGGUACAGAAGCUAGGAUAAGGACUUACUAACUGAGUUAUCUAAUUUGGAUACAGAUUUUUUUUUCUUCAUUAAAUGUGAUGGUCUUUGUGCCACUAAGGGUCACCCUCUUCGGUGUAGACUUGGAAUGUCUUGAGUGGAGCUUUGCUCACUUUAUUUAUAUAUUUUUUCAGGUGAAAGACCUUUUAGUAAGGACAAUUUUUAGGCUGGCAAACAUGGUUCAGUGUAUCAGGCCACCCAAAGAGGUAGAUUUGAUGUAAUUUAUUACACACUAUUUAAAGCAUUUUCUCCUCACUUCAACAUUUGCUGCUUGACUGUUAAUCGGCAAAAAUGGACUCUCAGUCUGCCAACAGAUGUGCAGCAUAUCAAGAAUAACACAGAGUUAGAGAAACCCUUUCUACAGUGUAGUUAUCUAGGGCAUGAAAAUUUCUCUGUCAGACAAGCAGACUUUCUAGCCAACUCACCCAUUUGAGAAGGGUCACAGAGGACUUGAUCUAAGACUUUCCUGGAAUUCUUGUUUCUGGUAACCUUUCUUGAUGGAUGAAGGUGUCACUUACAAUUACAUUGUUGUGGAGGAAAAAAGUCUGAAAACCUUUCUUUUUUUUGACAUUUGAUUGUUUUAGUGCUAUACUUUUUAAUUAACUUAGAGCUCAGAGAUGUACUUGCAGAAUCUUUAACCCUUUAACUCCCAGAUCAAAUUUGUUAUGCUCCUUACUGUUGACCAAACAAUUCUUAUAAUGUUAGUUCAGAGAAUUUAGUAUUGGAUCAACUAAUUAUCCUUAAAUUGAUAUUUUUCUUUAUUCUCAUCACUUGUCUGGUUGAUAUUGUAUUGAUAUUGUAAGGAGAAAUUCUGUCUUGGUCACUCAUGGGAGUUAGAGGGUUAAUAACUCAGUUCUACUCAAUCCUUUAACCCCUUUGAGUGGCUUGCAUCUAAUUUCGCUUUGCAUCAUUCCCCCUGGGUCCAACAUUAAAUUCACAAGAAUAAAGGAAAUGAUCACAAACUAAAGAAGCUCUUGAUUGUGAAAAAAAUUCUCCUUGUCAGCAUCUUAGGAAAUGUAUAGAAAACAGUAUGAAGAAUAUGCAUACUCAUGUUAGGGUGUAACAGGUUGAGGCACUGUGACUGAUUACAGCCCUGUUUAGGUACUGUAAGACUGUCUUGCUCAUGACACAUAUAAACCUAGAUGACUUUGUGUACUGUUGCUUCUGACAGCAUCACAUAGCCAGCUACUUUGAGCACUCUACCUCAGAUUAUCAAGUAGAGCUGUUGAGGGAAAAUGAGGACAAGAAUUUGGAAGAGUUGCCAGAGAAUGAGGAGGAAGAAGCUCUGACUGGAGUACAGGAAAUGGACCUUAGCACUUAAUGAGGAAAAGCAGUCAAUUCUUUUGAGAAGAAAAAAAUAUUCUUCAUUUGUAGGUGUGACCAAGAAUUGGUUCUUGGCAAGUGAAAACAGAAGGAUAAAUUUUUAUUUUGGUGGAUCGAUGUAAAUUUAUACAAUCAAACCUAUUUUACAGUCCAAGUUGUUUGUUGUUUUCUGAUCUGUAUCUGGCAAUGUUGAUCCUAGUAUGAAUACCACCGUUUUGAAGAGAUGUAUCAUCAACAUUUUGUAAAUAUAUUAUACAAGUAUGUAUAAUUUAAUUCUGUGAAUAUACACCUGGAGAUAUUAGUACUGAAUCAAUAAAAAAGUAUACAUUGUGAUUGCAGGCAAGGAAUAAUCCUCUGGAAGAAAACAACACGCAAUUAGGUUAAAAUGGCUCAUGAGUUGCGAAUCCUGUCUAUGACUAGAAGUUAAGUCUGCUCUUAUCUAUUGGAACUUGUCCUGAUUUUCAUAGACAAAGUGGCUUGGAGUAUUGCAAAUCCCCUUGGAUGGGGUGGCAGUCCAUGGCAAGUUACCACACCCCUCUUUCCCAGCACUUCCUCAGGCCUCCCCAGGCUUCCUCGGGCUACCCUGACAGUUCACUUGUACCCAUUUAUCCUCCUUGGGAGAGGCACUGUGAGAGUGAAGUGUUUUGCCCAAGGACACAACACAUCAAUCUGGCCAGAUAUGGAAUGUGGCCCUUAAAAACCAGAGUUCAGUGCACUAGUAGUAAGGAUACCACAUUUUUCACCAACUUAGUUAACAUGUACACCCAAGCUUUUGGCUCUUCAGUAUGUACAGCUAAGUCAGAUUAUGUGCUUCUCUCUGUCAUGUGGCUCCAUUGUUGAGGAUUUCAACUAGAUUCAGUGCAGGGGUACUUCUCUUGUUACUUUCAACUUGUGUUAUGACUUCAGUGUUUUUGAAGAAUAUUCAGUAUCAUACAGAACAUACAGAUGUCAUUUGAGGCUUCAUUUCUUUACGUAACUAAAUUUGUCAUUUACAGUAACACCCUAGGCUUUUGUGUGAAUACUAUGUUUUUAUUGUUAGACAGUUCUCAAUUCAAUGAAGAUCUUACUGGUCUAACUAACACUAACAAUUAACUCUGAAAAAAUUGGGCAGAAGUCCUACUCAAGAAUUGAAAUGUCU